AUCUGUGAGAUAAAAUGAAGGGCUUGUAGUCUGGUCCCAUUCUUCUCUGGGCUGGUCAGCUCCCUUCCGGAGCACUGGAGUCGUGCUGGGGUCUCACUGUGAGACUGACCUGUCGAACCACACCCUGUUCAGACAGUGAGAAACUGCCACGUGAGAGUAGGUAAGAAGAAUCUAGAGCAUGUAGUCUAGAGAAAAACAAUUCAGGAGUGACACACUACUCAAGGUCCUCCACAUUCCUGAGGGCAGACUCAGUGUGUGGACAUUACAGGGAGAGAGAUUUCAGCUUCAGACCCAAAAGAAAUGUUUAAUAAUUCUGAGCGGGCGUUGGCUGAAUCAGGACACAAUGCAUUCUCUGGAGCUGGUGUCUCCACGCAGAAGCCAGGACAUUACUCAGGACUCCCGAACGGGGCUGAGCACGUGAGCCGCUAAAACUGCGUGUGGGGGAGCUAGCUCCCCAUCUCAUCCCGUCACAUCGUGGAGGAAGGGGCGUCUGCAACAGGGGCCCUAAGGCUGGGGAAGGAGGAGAUGCCUUUUGCUUCUGGAGGACGGGUGCCAUGCUCAGAGGAAAGUAUCCUUGGGAACAGAGGUGGUGCUGUGCAGAGGCGAGCCUUCAGGGUUUCAAGUGCUUGGACCUCGCCCAGCUCUGGCCGGGUGCCGGGAAUUGAGAUGGUGUCAGGUGACAAGAGGCCACGUUCCCCGCAGCUGGCCUCCUCCUCAGGCUGUGAUGAAGGGGUCAGAAUACCUGCAACGGCCACACAACCACGAUGACCGCAGACUCCCCAGCAACCACAAUUGCAGCCACCACACCGUAGGGCCGUAUGACCAACAUCAGCAAUCGCUACGGUAAACUGCAGCAAGCACACAAGCACACAACAGCAGUCGCAACCACACCAUCUGCGCGACCACACAACACCCACACAAGCACCGUGACCUGCAGCAACCACUGCGUCAGUGGCCAUUUAUCAACUCUGUCUCAUGUUCCGACUUGAGACCCGGAAAGGGAGGUCUGCCAUGCCUCCCGAGACAGAUCAGCGGAGCCCUGGGAGGCUUCUCGGACCUUUGGGUGGGAAUGAGCCGGUGGGAACUUGGAUCAGCCUCGCUUUCCGGUCUGUAUUUGGCUUGUAAAGGCAGAACUACAGUAGGACGUCAGACACCUGUAGCGUUGUACUUUCAGGUGCAGUACGAGGGACGUACAAGCUGCACCCACUGCGGAAGUUCUUCAGAGGACGAUGCUGACCUUACCAGCGUGUGGUAAAACAAGGUCUGUUCACAGGUCAGGGACACAGAGUGAUCAAAACAGAGUGCCCUUCAAACAAACACUUGCAUGCAAAUAUUCAUUGCAACAUCACUUAAAAUAGUGGAAGUUACAAACGACCCAAAUGUCCAUCAGCUGACCAAUGGCUAAAGAAAACGCGGCAUAUCCAUACGUGGAGUAGUAUCCAGCCAUAAAAGAAACAGAAUAGUGCUUUGAUCUACAACACACACCCAUGGGCCUCGAAAACAUUAUGGUAUACAUGAAACCCAGAGUUCCUGCCCCUGCAUUCAAGUGAGAGGAGACAGAUGAUUAACAAAUAAAUACAUAUUUAAGAAUGAACAGGCCCAGGAGACUGUAAGUCUUGCUUUGGAUGUCAAGCAGCCUAAUGAGAGCUCUACCAGGGGUAUCACCUGUCUGGGUGACCGUGCAGCACAAUCUCGACUAAGGUGAUAUAUAACCGGACCAUCCUGAUCUCAAUCCUGUACGGUGCCCGUGAGGUUGGGGCAUGGGAGAAGAGGAGGAGGGGGGCCAUGUUCCCUUCAUGAUCUCCUUUUACAUGUGUCCCCUCCAACUGGUCACCACCCUGUGUCACCACUUGCACUUUGCAAAAGAGGAAGCUGAUGCAGAAGGCGUGAGAAGUCUGAGGAAGAGACAAAGCUGAGAGGUGAGGAAACUGAGGCCAACAAAGAUGCAGAACUUUCCCAGUGUCACCAGAACAUAAGUGGCGGAGCCAGGACUGGAGGACUGGAGGAAAGGCCCUCAAGUAACCAGCCUCAAAAGCAGGUUGCAGCUAAUUGAAUGGGACGGUGAUGAUUCCUUCUUCAGUUGGUCAAACAGCUAAAUCCGCCUUCGAACCUGCGGCCGUGCAGCUCCCGUGACGUCCGUUUCUGCCUGUUUCGGGUUUGGGGGAUGUGCAGCCACACACCUUCCCUGUCUGUGCUCCAAGCCCACUAACAGCCCGUUCACACCGCUCCAAGUUCAUUACUGCAGAGAGGUGGGAGCACGUAAGGGGAGUGAACCGGAGACUUAGGACUCAACUGCACCAGGCACCUGAUGAAAAGUGAAGAAGCAGGACGCCCGGCCGGCUCAGUUAAGUACCAGAUCCUUGAUUUCUGCUUGGGUCAUGAUGCCAGAGUUGUGGGACUGAGCCGAGCGUCAGGCUCUGGGCUGAGCAUGGAGCCUGCUUAAGAUUCUCUCCCUCUGCCCCCUCCCCCGCUUGCAUGCUCUCUCUUUAAAAUAAAAUUAAGGAAAAAGUGAAGAAGCAAUAAAAGAAGGAGUGAGUGCCACUGCCUAGUAAUUGUGGGACUCAAAGCAACAACUGGCCCCGGCCCCCACCCCCUUUCAAGGAGAAAGUCUUCAAAUAGCAGAGGGAGGAGGGGGGAGGAGGAGGAAGGGAGGAGCGGAGGAGGGGAGCAGGGCCUACUUCUCUGACCCCUGUUUCCCCGCAGAGUCACCUCACGUGAAUUAUUAAGCCCCGAACAAGCUGAGGAAACAGUUUUCUGCAAGCAGGGAUUCUGGGAAAAAUGUGAAGACCCGAGCCGAAUUAGCCCUACGUGUUGUUCUAAUGCGUGUUUAACUGUGCGUGGUUUUUGCACGUUUAACGCGUUAAGUGUGUGUGUAAAUAUCUUUGAAAGCCCAAAGUCCCGGGGUCUCCCACGGAGGCCACUGUGAGGACUGCACAGGUUUCCUGCAUUCCUGAGUCUUUGAGGCCCCGCUCCCUGGGGACUCUGCAUAGAGAAGGAGGCCAGAGCCUGCAGGUGAGGGCCCCCUGGGUCCCUCUGCCAGAUACCUGGGGGUGAGUUACAGGUGUCCCCGGAGCAGCAGAUCCACACCAAGGGUUACCAAGGCAACACCUGCUCCUCCUGGGACAAGAGAGGAAGGGAGUGCUGACAGAGUAGGAUUGCAUGAGCUGCCUUUCCAGAGGGAUCUGGGCUAAAAAUACCCAUGCAGUUGGCACUUGCUGGGUUUCGGGAGCCUCUGCCUCAUGUCUGGCUCCUGGUGUUCUGACCCUCCAGUGCAGGGUGCAGGACCACGGGGGUGUGGAGGGCAGGCGCUUGAGAAAACCCCUGAUGGCCUUACCGUGGCGUGGGGGCCUGAGUCAGAGCUGGGGUGAAGAAGAGGAGGGACACUGUCUUCCUGGCAGACGCAGGGCCUGUCUUGUUUGCCUGCACCGGAAGUCAAUAGGUUGGUCACUCCUGGGCAGCCCACCUAGGGUAAUCAAACCGCUGGCAGCUCCUGAGGGCUCUUGAACUUGCCCGCCCUUCCUGAGAGGUCCCUGCCAGCCUGGGAUUUGCUGGCCCGGGGCUUCCCGGCUCCCUGGGUCCCACGCUGCAGGGGCACGCACUGAAGCAGAGAAAUGAGCUCAGACCCCUGCUCUUCCCAGGCUUCCAGUCCGUGCUUCUGAAGGCAGCCUUCAUGCUGGGCCUGUGUACACAGACCGGGAGAGCUGAGGUCUGCGCUCAGCUUCAGUGUGUCCUGGGAUUUGGACAUCCGGGAAUCUCUGGGCAUCAAGGACCUGUGAGGCUGGCUAUUGAACAACCUGUGUGCGCUGCAGAUAGACGGCAGAUGACAGACUCUGUUUCAUGCCUCCAAGGCUGCAGAGCUGAAUCAGAGAAACCUCCAGUGGCUUAAGGUUCACUAGGUUGGUUUCCUUACAUGGUUACAGAGCUACUAAUGUGUUCUUAAUGAGCUGCCAUUUACUUAUGCAAAUAGCGGGGCACAGAUGCCAGGCGGAUUAGGGCUCAGCAGAGAGGCAUGCCUCUGCAUAUUGCUUAUGUGUUAACACAGGAGUCCCUGUCCUUUCGGAUCGACUGUGCUUUUUGUCUUUAAUGCUGCUGUGUGGGCAGUGUGUGUGUGCAUAUGUGCAUACGUGUGCGUGUUAGGGGGUCUCACCAAGCCGCCCUGGCAUGAAGACAUCUCUACCAGCCAGAGUUCCUGGUGGGAGUCACAGACCUCCCCCUGCCCACAUCUGCCUCGAGCCUGGCGGAAGACCACUGCCGAAGACCUGUGAGGGAGGAGGGGCAGGGGCUGUUGAGCCACGUGGUGUAAUGGGCUCGCUGGAUCCAAGCAGUGCUGUGAAUUUCACUUCUGGUCAUCGUGAACAACUUUUAGCAAAGGUUCCCUUGUAUCUUGUCAAAGGACCCCUCUCCCCCCACGAAAAAAAACCCAAAACCAAAACACAAAAACAGCACACCCCCCCCGCCCCCAAAACAAAAACCAUGAAACAAAGCACUGUGUUUAUUACUCUUCUGCUCUCGCGAGAGACCUCCCCGUCACAUGAGAGCAGGCGCUGCUCGGACGUGAUGGUGUGCCGUCUCCGAGCGUGUAGCUGUGGCCUUGGCACUGUUAUCUUCGCUGGCACAAGGGAGCAGCUUGCAGGGGCUGCUGACAUUUGGUACCACACCAGGCACUGUCCAAACAGAACCGAAUAGGCCUCUCUCCUCAUUUCUCAGAGCUUUUGGAACAUGUAUCAGAAAGCAAAAAUCUGUCCAAACAGGCAUGGCGUUCUGGGGCGAGUCAGUGCCACGUUUCUGAUGUGCUUCUAGGCCUGUCUGCCCUGGCAUCUUAUUGGCAUUGUUUUGCUGGCACUCCUUUUCUCCAGCAAUAACUGCUUUGCUUGGAUACCUUUGUGCUCACCGCAGACCCUCCCCGCCUGGCUGGCCUGCUCCUUAACCUGGUGGGAAAUGCCCGCUGCUGAAGACUCACUGAUGUUGCCACGUGAGGCUCUUUGUGUUCCCUCCUGAGACGUCACACUCGUAGCUUACCCUUCCUGUCCCCACAUCCCAUGCCUCCGCAGGUCCUUACCCAUCCCUUUCCCUCUCUGUGGCUGACACUUCUCUGCGUGAGCCUGUGCAGCUCCUUCCUGGGAACCUCGCCUGGCAGGGACCGUUGGCCCCCAUGGCAGCCGGGAGGAUGAAAGCAUUUUUUGGUCUGUGCCUGUUCCCUCCAGCCCGGGAGUCCCCUCUUUGGGGAGAGCUGUGACUCCUGAGUGGGGCACAUCUAUUAAUUUUUCAGGGCUGCCGUAACAAAUUACCACAAACUGAGCGGCUUCUAACUACAGAGAUGCAUCCUUUUGUAGUUCUGGAGGCCAGAAGUGUGAACUCAAGGUGCGGGCAGAGCCACGUUCCCUCAGAAGGCUCUAGGAGAAUCUUCCUUGCCUCUUCCUUGCUUCCGGUGGUUGCUGGCAGUCCUUGGCACUCCUUGACUUACAGAUGCGUUACUCCCACCUCUGCCUCUGUUGUCACGUGGCCUUCUCUCCGUUCCUUCCUCCGGGCGGCAUUUUCACGGCUCCUUCACCUCUCUGGAUGUGAACAGGAGGCACCACAAUCUUCUGGUCUUGGUUUGGCUGCUUCAAGGGCCACCUUGUGGACAGUCACUGCUCUUCUGGAUAUUUCGUUCGUGUGCGUCCUGGCAGGACAACAGAAGCGCCCUGGGCUGUGGUGGGAGCGUUCUGAGAACGGGAUGCCCUCUCUGUGCCUGGUCAGAUGCAGCUCUCCGUGGUGCUGUCUCUGCACAGCCCCUUCCUUGACUUGUAUUUUAUUUUAGCACUUCCUCCUAAAUUGCAGUGAAGUGUGAACUCACCUGUUUCCUCUCUGGACUCUGAGCUCCAUGAGGUCAAAGGCUGCGCUUUUACUCCAGAGAUUCAGCCAGGAGAAUGGUAGACCCUUAGUAGAUGUUUGCUGAGCAGAGGAUACUUCAGGGAGCUCACCAAGUCCAUACUCAGGGAAUAAAGUAGUGAAUGAACGAAUAUGGGCCAUUGUCAUGGAGUAUUACUUGACUUAGACAACGACAGCUGCUGUAGAAAGCUCAACACAUGGACCUAUGACAGUAUCUGUCAGGAGGACCUGAUCAGCCCUGAGAGCUAAGGAAGGCUGGCUUCCUUGGAACGUGGCAUUCAAACUAUGCUUUGAAGAGACAGCCCUCUCUGUUGGAGCUUUUCUGCGCCGGCUGAGGAAACUGGUUCUGCGUGAUGUGUUAUUGCCCCUCCUUCUGAACAGGAACAAUGUUUCAUAUGAAGCAAAUGUCUUUCAGUUCCUGGUGGCAUUUCUGACAGCUUCUGGAAGAGGAGUUCUGCUUGGCAGAUUCCUGGAGUGUCUUCUACAUGCUUCAACCUGUUCUCUCCCAGUGUGGUGCACUUCAGGUCUGGGUUCACAUUGAGCCACCUGAGAGGAGCUGGGAACGUGCUGUUUCUCAUCAUUUCCACCCAGCAAGAGAAUUGGAGAGAAAGAGCUACACCCAAGCCAAUUAUGGCAGGGUCCUUGGGGGCUGUUAUGUAAUCUUCCAGAGACAGUGGAAUGGAGUGGGCCUUGAGUUCCAGUGGGCACACUGGCUGAAGUCUUUUCUGUACUCCAGGUCUUGGGCCAUCUGUGGUGGAGCAAGCUCCCUCAAUGCUGGAGAAAGUCCUUUGGCAGAGAAGAAGCUUACAGCAUGCUGGGACCUGCCUGCUGCACCUGUGGGGGGAUUUAGUGCCUUUCAUUGGCUGAGCUCAACUGGAAGCAGAAGGAAACGUUGCCUGGAUAAUGCAGUCCACAGGGGUCUGUCUUCUGAAGGACAGCAUGGGGCAAAGAGAGCCAGAGGAUGGGGCAGAGAGGUGGCAAUGAGAACACAGUCUGACUGAUUGCUUCCAGAAUGCCUCCCCCCUUUCCAUCCAAUCUCACAGUCGUCAUCUUUGUUACAGCAUCAUCAUUCUACCCGUGGACUAUUGGGACAACCUCCUAACACAUCUCCCUAUCUCCAAUCCACCAAUACUAAUGCCUGUGACACAGACUGAGUCCUACCACUUCCCUUUCAGAGAACUCUGGUGUUUCUCAUUCUCUACUCCUUACUGAAGAUGGCCAGAUGAAAGGCAAUUUAGGGGAUAAAAAGACAAUUCUGAGACUUCACAUCUUAUUUCUAAAAAGGAGAAUCAGUAUUAAGAAGCUGGAAAUGGGUAAUUUCACCAUAAAAAAGUUGUGGUUAAAAAGAGUGUAAAUUUGACGCUUUAAUGUCUUAGCUCAUAGCCAAGUCUUCUCAGUUAAAAUUUUCCUUCCAGACUUGUUUUCCAGGACUUGUGUUCUGCAUUCUCCCAUGUGCCUUGGGUACCAGCCCUGACAUCACUGGACUGCACCAUCCAUGCUGAGAAUUCUAUACCUUUGCUCUUGCUGUUCUUCAAGCCCAGAAAGCCCCUCCCCAGCUGGCCUCCUUGGUGGAUGGUUUGAUCAACAGUUCAUGGUUUGUCUAGAUGGAGUGAAGAUACCAAAAUGGAGUAGGAGACAGAUCAGAAACCUCAAGAGGGGACGCUCAAGGCAUAUAGGAGUGAAUUAUGAGCAAUGUUCUGGGAUGGUGCCGGAGAUGCGUGGACCGAGCCCAGGCCACAGGCUGCCCGAGCCCGCCCCCUGCCCCGCCGCAGGUGGGAACCCUGAGCCCUGGGCCUUGGGCCGCCGCCACCGCCACGUCCUAGCCCUGCCCGAGGAGGAGGCAUGGCGGCCCCAGCAGUGCGCCCUGCUCGAGGCCGACGCCUCGGACGAGGUGGGCAUGCUGCCCGCCUCCCCGCGUGCCGUCGCCGCGGGCUUCGACAACUUCUUCCCGGUGCAGGAGGGCGAGGGCCCCGGCUGGGAGGGCGGUGCGGCCCUGGAAGCUGGCUCCAGCCCGUUCCUCCCGGUGAGCCCCGAGGUGAUGAAGCGGCGGCGCGGGGGGCUCAUCGAGCAGCGCGACAUCAUCAAGGCCCACGAGGCGCACAAGAUGCAGAGCACCCCGCAGGCCCGGCGCAAGGAGUGGGAGAUGGCUCGCUUCGGGGAGGCGGUGGUCGGCAGGCCGGGGUCGGGCGAUGGAGACUCGGACCAGAGCAGGAACCGGCAAGGAACCCCGGUGCCGGCCUCGGGGCCAGCGGCCGCCUACAAGCAGUCGAAAGCGCAGAGGGCGCGGACUAUGGCUUUGUACAACCCCAUUCCCGUCCGGCAGAACUGUUUCACCGUCAACAGAUCCCUGUUCAUCUUCGGAGAAGAUAAUAUUGUCAGGAAAUACGCCAAGAAGCUCAUCGAUUGGCCGCCGUUUGAAUACAUGAUUUUAGCCACCAUCAUUGCCAACUGCAUUGUCUUGGCCCUGGAACAGCAUCUUCCUGAGGAUGACAAGACCCCGAUGUCCCGCAGACUGGAAAAGACAGAACCAUAUUUCAUUGGGAUCUUUUGCUUUGAAGCUGGUAUCAAAAUUGUGGCCCUGGGGUUCAUCUUCCAUAAGGGCUCGUACCUCCGCAAUGGCUGGAAUGUCAUGGAUUUCAUCGUGGUCCUCAGUGGCAUCCUGGCUACGGCAGGAACCCACUUCAACACACAUGUGGACCUGAGGACCCUUCGGGCUGUGCGUGUCCUGAGGCCCCUGAAGCUCGUGUCAGGGAUACCUAGCCUACAGAUUGUGUUGAAGUCCAUCAUGAAGGCCAUGGUGCCUCUUCUGCAAAUUGGCCUUCUGCUCUUCUUUGCCAUCUUGAUGUUCGCCAUCAUUGGCUUGGAGUUCUACAGUGGGAAGUUGCACCGGGCAUGUUUCACGAACAGUUCAGGCAUUCUAGAAGGAUUUGACCCUCCUCACCCAUGUGGUGUGCAGGGCUGCCCAGCUGGUUAUGAAUGCAAGGACUGGAUUGGCCCCAACGAUGGGAUCACCCAGUUUGAUAACAUCCUUUUUGCUGUGCUGACUGUCUUCCAAUGCAUCACCAUGGAAGGAUGGACCACCGUGCUGUACAAUACCAAUGAUGCCUUAGGAGCCACCUGGAAUUGGCUGUACUUCAUCCCCCUCAUCAUCAUUGGAUCCUUCUUUGUUCUCAACCUCGUUCUGGGAGUGCUUUCCGGGGAAUUUGCCAAAGAGAGAGAGAGAGUGGAGAACCGGAGAGCUUUCAUGAAAUUGCGGCGGCAGCAGCAGAUUGAGCGUGAGCUGAAUGGGUACCGCGCCUGGAUAGACAAAGCAGAGGAAGUCAUGCUUGCUGAAGAAAAUAAAAACGCUGGAACAUCAGCCUUAGAAGUGCUUCGAAGGGCAACCAUCAAAAGGAGCCGGACAGAGGCCAUGACUCGAGACUCCAGCGAUGAGCACUGUGUUGAUAUCUCCUCUGUGGGCACACCUCUUGCCCGAGCCAGCAUCAAAAGCGCAAAGGUGGAUGGGGCCUCCUAUUUCCGGCACAAAGAAAGGCUUCUGCGCAUCUCUAUCCGCCACAUGGUCAAAUCCCAGGUGUUUUACUGGAUUGUGUUGAGCCUUGUGGCUCUCAACACUGCCUGUGUGGCCAUCGUCCAUCACAACCAGCCCCAGUGGCUCACCCAUCUCCUCUACUAUGCAGAAUUUCUGUUUCUGGGACUGUUCCUCUUGGAGAUGUCCUUGAAGAUGUAUGGCAUGGGGCCUCGACUUUACUUUCACUCUUCAUUCAACUGUUUUGAUUUUGGGGUCACAGUGGGCAGUAUCUUUGAAGUGGUCUGGGCAAUCUUCAGACCUGGUACAUCUUUUGGAAUCAGUGUCUUGCGAGCUCUCCGGCUUCUAAGAAUAUUUAAAAUAACCAAGUAUUGGGCAUCUCUGCGAAAUCUGGUGGUCUCCUUGAUGAGUUCUAUGAAGUCUAUCAUCAGUUUGCUCUUCCUCCUCUUCCUCUUCAUCGUUGUCUUUGCUCUCCUAGGAAUGCAGCUGUUUGGGGGAAGGUUUAACUUUAAUGAUGGGACUCCUUCAGCAAACUUUGACACCUUUCCGGCAGCCAUCAUGACUGUAUUCCAGAUCCUAACAGGUGAGGACUGGAAUGAGGUUAUGUACAAUGGGAUCCGCUCCCAGGGUGGAGUUAGCUCAGGCAUGUGGUCAGCUAUCUAUUUCAUUGUGCUCACCUUGUUUGGAAACUACACACUGCUGAAUGUGUUCUUGGCCAUUGCUGUAGACAAUCUGGCCAAUGCCCAAGAGCUGACCAAGGAUGAACAAGAAGAAGAGGAGGCCUUCAACCAGAAACAUGCAUUGCAGAAGGCCAAGGAGGUCAGCCCGAUGUCUGCACCCAACAUGCCUUCUAUCGAAAGAGACAGAAGGAGAAGACACCACAUGUCGAUGUGGGAGCCACGCAGCAGCCACCUGAGGGAGCGGAGGCGCCGGCACCACAUGUCAGUGUGGGAGCAGCGCACCAGCCAGCUGAGAAGGCACAUGCAGAUGUCCAGCCAGGAGGCCCUCAACAAAGAGGAGGCCCCACCAAUGAACCCCCUCAACCCCCUCAACCCGCUGAGCCCCCUCAACCCACUCAACGCCCACCCGAGCCUCUACCGGAGACCCAGACCCAUUGAGGGCCUGGGCCUGGGCCUGGAGAAAUGUGAGGAGGAGCGCAUUAGCCGCGGGGGGUCCCUCAAGGGGGACGGAGGGGACCUGCCGAGUGCCUUGGACAACCAGAGGAGCCCCUUGUCCUUGGGCAAACGGGAGCCACCAUGGCUGGCCAGGCCGUGUCAUGGGAACUGUGAUUCGACCCAGCAGGAGGCUGGGGGAGGGGAGACUGUGGUGACCUUCGAGGACCGGGCCAGGCACAGGCAGAGCCAGCGGCGCAGCAGGCACCGUCGUGUCAGGACCGAAGGCAAGGAACCCUCCUCCACCUCCCGGAGCAGGUCUGCCAGCCAGGAGCGGAGUCUGGAUGAAGAGGGGCCCACCGAGGGGGAGAAGGACCGCGAGCCCAGGGCCAGCCACGGGGGCAAGGAACCCACAAUCCAGGAAGAGGAAAGAGGCCAAGACUUAAGGAGGACCAACAGUCUGAUGGUGCCCAGAGGCUCCGGGCUGGCAGGAGCCCUCGACGAGGCCAACACACCCUUAGUCCAGCCGCAGCCAGAGUUGGAAAUGGGGAAGGACACGGCUCUGACAGAGCAGGAGCCGGAGGGCAGCAGUGAGCAAGCUCUGCUGGGGGAUGUGCAGUUGGACAUGGGCCGGGCCAUCAGUCAGAGUGAGCCCGACCUCUCCUGUGUCACGGCCAACACGGACAAGGCCACCACUGAGAGUACCAGCGUCACCGUCGCCAUCCCCGACGUGGGCCCCUUGGUGGACUCAACUGUGGUUCACAUUAGCAACAAGACUGAUGGAGAAGCCAGUCCUUUGAAGGAGGCAGAGAUCAAAGAGGAGGAGGAAGAGGUAGAGAAGAAGCAGCAAAAGAAGGAGAAGCGUGAGACGGGCAAAGCCAUGGUUCCCCACAGCUCUAUGUUCAUCUUCAGCACCACCAACCCGAUUCGCAGGGCCUGCCACUACAUUGUGAACCUGCGCUACUUUGAGAUGUGCAUUCUCCUGGUGAUCGCAGCCAGCAGCAUUGCCCUGGCAGCCGAGGACCCUGUCCUGACCAACUCGGAGCGCAACAAAGUCCUGAGGUAUUUUGACUAUGUUUUCACUGGCGUGUUCACCUUUGAGAUGGUUAUAAAGAUGAUAGACCAGGGCUUGAUCCUGCAGGAUGGGUCCUACUUCCGAGACCUAUGGAACAUCCUGGACUUUGUGGUGGUGGUUGGCGCAUUGGUGGCCUUUGCUUUGGCGAACGCCUUAGGAACUAACAAGGGGCGGGACAUCAAGACCAUCAAAUCUCUGAGGGUGCUCCGAGUUCUGAGACCGCUGAAGACCAUCAAGCGCUUGCCCAAGCUCAAGGCUGUCUUUGAUUGCGUGGUGACUUCCUUGAAGAAUGUCUUCAACAUACUCAUUGUCUACAAGCUCUUCAUGUUCAUCUUCGCUGUCAUCGCAGUUCAGCUCUUCAAGGGAAAGUUCUUUUAUUGCACGGACAGUUCCAAGGACACAGAGAAGGAGUGCAUAGGCAACUAUGUAGAUCAUGAAAAAAACAAGAUGGAGGUGAAAGGCCGGGAAUGGAAGCGCCAUGAAUUCCACUACGACAACAUUAUCUGGGCCCUGCUGACCCUCUUCACUGUCUCCACAGGGGAAGGAUGGCCUCAAGUCUUACAGCAUUCUGUCGAUGUGACAGAGGAAGACCGAGGACCAAGCCGCAGCAACCGCAUGGAGAUGUCCAUCUUUUACGUGGUCUACUUUGUGGUCUUCCCUUUCUUCUUUGUCAAUAUCUUUGUGGCUCUCAUCAUCAUCACCUUCCAGGAGCAAGGAGACAAGAUGAUGGAGGAGUGCAGCCUGGAGAAGAACGAGAGGGCGUGCAUCGACUUCGCCAUCAGUGCCAAACCUCUCACCCGCUACAUGCCGCAGAACAGGCAUACCUUCCAGUACCGCGUCUGGCACUUCGUGGUGUCGCCGUCCUUUGAGUACACCAUUAUGGCCAUGAUCGCCUUGAACACCGUCGUGCUGAUGAUGAAGUACUACUCUGCUCCCUGUACCUAUGAACUGGCCCUGAAGUACCUGAAUAUUGCCUUCACCAUGGUGUUUUCUCUGGAAUGUGUCCUAAAGAUCAUCGCGUUUGGCUUCUUGAACUAUUUUCGAGAUACCUGGAAUAUCUUUGACUUUAUCACCGUGAUUGGCAGUAUCACAGAAAUCAUUCUGACAGACAGCAAGCUGGUGAACACCAGUGGCUUCAAUAUGAGCUUUCUGAAGCUCUUCCGAGCUGCUCGUCUCAUCAAGCUUCUACGUCAGGGCUACACCAUCCGUAUUUUACUUUGGACUUUUGUACAGUCCUUUAAGGCCCUCCCCUACGUCUGCCUUUUGAUUGCCAUGCUUUUCUUCAUCUAUGCCAUCAUCGGGAUGCAGGUAUUCGGAAACAUAAAAUUAGAUGAGGAGAGUCACAUCAACCGACACAACAACUUCCGGAGUUUCUUCGGGUCUCUCAUGUUACUCUUCAGGAGUGCCACAGGUGAGGCCUGGCAGGAGAUAAUGCUGUCGUGCCUCGGGGAGAAAGGCUGUGAGCCCGACACCACUGCGCCAUCAGGGCAGAAUGAGAAUGAGCGCUGUGGCACCGAUCUGGCCUAUGUUUACUUUGUCUCCUUCAUCUUCUUCUGCUCCUUCUUGAUGCUCAACCUGUUUGUGGCCGUCAUCAUGGACAACUUUGAGUACCUGACUCGGGACUCAUCCAUCCUAGGGCCCCACCACUUGGACGAGUUUGUCCGCGUCUGGGCAGAAUAUGACAGAGCUGCAUGCGGCAGGAUCCCGUAUAAGGAUAUGUACAAAUUAGUGCGGGUGAUCUCGCCGCCUCUGGGCCUGGGAGAGAACUGCCCCUACAGGGUGGCUUGCAAGAGGUUGGUCCUGAUGAAUAUGCCAGUAGCUGAGGACAUGACAGUCCACUUCACCUCCACACUCAUGGCUCUGAUACGGACAGCACUGGACAUCAAAAUCGCCAAAGGUGGUGCAGACAGACAGCAGCUAGACUCAGAACUACAAAAGGAGACCCUGGCCAUCUGGCCUCACCUAUCCCAGAAGAUGCUAGAUCUGCUCGUGCCCAUGCCCAAAGCCUCUGACCUGACUGUGGGCAAAAUCUAUGCAGCAAUGAUGAUCAUGGACUACUAUAAACAGAGUAAGGUGAAGAAGCAGAGGCAGCAGCUGGAGGAACAGAAAAACGCACCCAUGUUCCAGCGCAUGGAGCCUUCAUCUCUGCCUCAGGAGAUCAUUGCUAAUGCCAAAGCCCUGCCUUAUCUCCAGCAAGACCCUGUCUCAGGCUUGAGUGGCCGUGGUGGAUACCCUUCGAUGAGUCCGCUCUCCCCCCAGGAAAUAUUCCAGUUGGCUUGUAUGGACCCAGCCGAUGAUGGACAGUUUCAGGAACAGCAGUCUCUGGAGCCAGAGGUUAGUGAAUUAAAAAGCGUGCAGUCCUCUAACCAUGGCAUCUACCUUCCUUCGGACACCCAGGAGCAUACGGGAUCUGGGAGGGCAUCCUCUAUGCCACGCCUGACUGUGGAUCCCCAGGUGGUGACAGACCCUAGCUCCAUGAGACGCUCAUUUUCCACCAUUCGGGAUAAGCGUUCAAAUUCCUCAUGGUUGGAGGAAUUCUCUAUGGAGAGAAGCAGUGAAAACACCUACAAGUCACGUCGCCGGAGUUACCACUCCUCCCUGAGACUGUCAGCUCAUCGCCUGAAUUCUGACUCAGGCCACAAGUCUGACACCCACCGCUCAGGGGGCAGAGAGCGGGGACGUUCAAAAGAGCGAAAGCAUCUUCUCUCUCCCGAUGUCUCCCGCUGCAACUCAGAGGAGCGAGGGACCCAGGCUGACUGGGAGUCCCCCGAGCGCCAUGAGUCCAGGUCUCCCAGCGAGGGCAGGUCACAGACCCCCAACAGACAGGGCACGGGUUCCCUGAGUGAGAGCUCCAUCCCCUCCAUCUCUGACACCAGCACUCCGAGACGAAGUCGCCGGCAGCUCCCGCCCGUGCCACCAAAGCCUCGGCCCCUCCUUUCCUACAGCUCCCUGAUUCGACACACCGGGAGCAUGUCUCCACCGGCUGAUGGAAGCGAGGGUGGCUCUCCGCUGGCCUCCCAAGCCCUGGAGAGCCCUGAGGCCGGCCUGGCGGAAUCUUCCAGCUCCCGGCACGUACAGCAGGGUCAGCACGCCUCCCCACAGCGCUACAUCUCCGAGCCCUACCUGGCCCUGCACGAAGACUCCCACGCCUCGGACUGUGGCGAGGAGGAGACGCUCACCUUUGAAGCAGCUGUGGCCACCAGCCUGGGCCGCUCCAACACCAUCGGCUCGGCCCCACCGCUGCGGCACAGCUGGCAGAUGCCCAACGGGCACUAUCGACGGCGGAGGCGCGGGGGGCCCGGGCCAGGUGUGAUGUGUGGGGCUGUCAGCGACCUCCUGAGUGACACGGAAGAGGACGACAAGUGCUAGAGGCUGCUCCCCCCUCCGAUGCAUGCUCUUCUCUCACACGGAGAAAACCAGGACCGAAUUGGGAAGCCAGUGCUGCCCGGGGGGGAGGAAGAGGGAGGAGGAAGAGAGAAGGACACCAUGCAUUAUUGGACAAGACGAAGGAAAGGACCCAAGGAAAACCAGUCGAACGCGCCCGAUUGCUUUACUUCCCUUUGCAAGAUGGGCACUGCCAUAGUUUUGCCUCUUUGCUGGGGAAAGGAAAUACAAGAACACAGAGGGUUAUUCCCACGGCAGAAGGGACGUGAGGAUGGCUUUGCUUCCCCUUGCCCCUUCCCACUUUUCUCUAAGCCGUGGAGGGAUGGAGCUGGCCUGUGUCUACGCCCCUUGCCCUGAAAAGCCUGGAAGAUUUUUCUGGCUCUUAACUGGGGAGUCGUGGAGGCCACAGGAGAGGAACCUCCUCCCUCACCAGCUCUUGCUCCCUGGCCAGCACCACUGCCAUCAGGGCAACCGCAACGGCAUCUCAUGCAUUACCCUCUGGCUUGCUUCCCCCAAAGAAGCACAGGCUAAGUUUAGGAGCCUUGGAUGCCAAGGAUAGGAGGCAAGGAGGGAGGGAAAAGCUGAAGUGGAACAAGGGGUCAGGGUGCCGUGGCAGCAGCAGCAAGGGCUGGUCUGGGUGAGCAAAGCCAUAGUCCAGCAGCCCAGACCACAGGGGAGAGGCUCAGAGAGAUGAUGAAUGGGUGGUGUUGGGGGCAACAGUCCUGUCUCUUGGAAGCCUGUCACCCACUCAGUAGGUGCUGCAUUAGGGUAGGCCAGGGAGGUCCCUCAGGCUCCACAGAGGUCCCUGACGCUCCAGGAAGGGUGAUAUUUUAAAAGCAUUUAACCCCUCUGGCCAGCGCACCAGCUGGUGUGAGCAGAGGUUCAGCCUUCCUGCUGGCGCCCCGUGCUCUGCCAGGCCUUAGCCCUGCAAAUGCUGGUCAUAAGGGAUCCCUGAGGGGGGUGGGGGCCGUGUAAGGCACGGUCUGUUUUCCAACCAGUCUAGAAGAACGUGGAACAGUCCUACAGUUGUAUCAGCACAUACAGCCAAAUGUCAACCUAGACUCUGGCCCAGGAGCCCGCGGGCCUCUCUGCCAGUCCCUGACCAGGCAGCACACAUAAACCCAAGGUGGGCCCUACAUCACCUGGUAGAGACUUCUAGAGAGAGAGGAAAGGCAGACAGAUUGAAAUGAGAAGCUUCCAUGGGAGCAUCAGUGUGAGUUUGCUGAGGACCUCCUGGGAGGAGGGGCCCUUGGUCUGGCAGCUUCCUCAGCCAGCUUGUGCUUAAGGGUCAGUUUGGCAUGAUACUUGGAAGGUGAUCAGUAAAUAUACCUCAGCUUAGACCUGGGCUGCUCCUCCUAGCAAAGCAGGCUCUGACGGGGCCUCAUCACAUCAUGUGAUGAGACUGGGCUUUACCCCUCCCCAGAGUAAGAGCUGGGCAGAAGACAGCCUCAGGCCACUGUGUCCUUCUUAACUCCCCAAUCUCAGAAGCGUUACGAAAAAGAGAGCCUUUCUUGGCUAAUCCGUGCUCCUCUUGUUUCGACUGUCCAUUCAGGGAAGCACAUCACUCUCUUUAUCUGGUGGAAUGCACCGUCCCCUUCACUUCCUCCCUGGGCUCAUCACAGUAAGGAGAAGGAUCCCCGGAGAAGGGCGCCAGGCAGGGCUUUCCCUGCUCCACCGGGAGCAGAUGGGGCUUUCCUCGCAGGACCCUCCCCUGGCCUGACAUCACAGUGGAUAAACACUCUUUUUUAUCCUCCUCCAGCCAAAACAGACUCCACCUCUUGGGUAGGAGAAGUUAGGCACUGUUGUUUUUCUUAGAAGGAGCCUCUUUUUACUUAUGAAGCUUUUUGUUUGUUUUGGUUGAAAUGGAACUAAGGAGUAGUUGCAUCAACCCCGAAAAGCCAAAUACAAUCACGUGGCUGCAGGAUCAUUUGUCAUGGCUCUGCCUUCUCUUCUAGGUAUUGAUGCAGCUUCAUGACCCAUGGUCAGCCCCUCCGAUCAAAGGACUCCCAGGGCAGGAGACCAGUGAGGCAGAACAUAAGCUGCCUCCCCUCAGACCUUCCGCUCACUUUCAUUCUCGUCUCCCGCUGAGCACUUGUGUACUCGGGAGUAGCUAGCAGUGUGAACAUGACCGUGGAACGCCCCGAUCCUAACAGGCGUGCGCUUUACACAAGACUCAGGUGCUGGGCCUCAUAGUGUGGUAAAGGUUUCCUCUGCUCAGCAUCAUUUUGUGCCAAAGUGCUGCUGUGGGCUGCUUUCUGUGCACAAAAUUGCUUUCUUCCACCUCAGAAAUGCAGCUUUCCCUGGGGACAGGCCCACAACAGGACAGCCGUUCUGAGUCAGCAAGUCUAUUGCAUUGUGUUUUGAGAAAAGGAAUUGAAGCGAUAUCUUAAGCCAUUUCAACAGCAGGAGAAAUUUGGGCUGGCAGAGCAAUUACCAGAAAUGGAAUUUGCCUGUAAACCACAUUACGAACACUAAAUUUACCAUGCCAGGAAACCUUCCUGGACACCUGAACUCCUUAAACCCCUAUAUACACAAGAAUUUGAGUCUUAAACGAAGUGCUGUAAAGCCCUGCAGACGCAGUCUCCCGACCAACCACCUGCGUUUUUCUAGACCAGUUUCCCCUGACCAAGAAAUUGGGUUUCUUCUCCCUUAGCCUGCAUUUAUCUUUCCAUUAAGACCAGAAAAUAAAAGACAGUCUUCAGUUAAGUCACAGAACUCAUUAUCAUAAUCUUCUUCUAACCAUUUCCUUCUGCCUGUUGAUAAGUAUGAACUCUCACCUUCCCUCUAAUAGUUGACCAGGACAUCGCUUCCUACUUAUCAGAUUCUGCCUCUUCUCUUUCCUUUGUAAAGCAGCCCCUUGAGAUCUCAAAACAUGUGCUUCUCUUUGGAUUAAAAAAGUAUGGCAGCAUCUCAAGAAAUGCCAAGCAAACUGGGAACACUAUCAGUGUUUCAGACACUCGGUGUUAUCAGACUUAGUACUGCAGGUCCCCUCAGAAGAAUCUUUAUAUAUCCAGUUUCCCUUGCUAAUAUUAGUCUUCAGCAUCCUCUCAAAGAAGGAGUGAGGGAGAGAGGAAGGGGGAAAAAAAGAAGGAAAAGAAACCAAGGUGGAGAGAUAGUCUAUGUCUGUGUUUAGAUACUCCUCUCUUCACUCACAGCUCCAGGCAGACUUCUAGUAACUCACAUGUCUCCCUCUCUCAAUCCCCAUGAGGUCAGAAUGCCAGCCGGCCUUCAGACAUAGGAGUAGAGCUCUAGGUCAAGAGGCUCUGUGAACCAGGGUCAGGAUAGAAUUACCUCCACUAUAAAGAGGGUGUACCCUUGAAUGUCCCCCCCAGGGUCAACAUAAGCCAUGAACACAACUGCCCAAUGUGGAUCUGUCCCUUCUUCUAGCUGAGGAAUCAAUUUCUAUUCUGGGCUUCACUUCUGCUCACUACUCACUGUCCCUACAGGGUACUGAAAUCACGGACAUUUCUCUGAAGCUGAAAUCCAGAUGUUCUGGAUUUUGCACUCUCUUGACUCUGGGACCACAAAAAGACAACCCCAUAUCCCACCAUUCAGCCACCAUCUUCUUUCCAUACACACAUCCACCUCUCCUACAACCUUUGUGAUGAGCCUGAGUAUCUCCUGCCUUCUAUUCUCCUAUCCCAGCCCUUGCUCUGCUGCAUGUUAGCAUUGACCCAACUUCUGAGAUGGUUAAAUUCACCUAGUCCAGGCUUGUUUGUUGACGUGCCUGCCUCUGCUGUGGGGGAAUGCUUUGAUCUCAUGAAAAUGGUUGGGGACUCACCAGGUGAUACUCACAAGGUGAUCUGAAACAGUAUAAGGUGCAGUACUAUUGGGGCAUGAUGGGGAUAUGAAAUGUCUGCAUACUCAAUGAAAGCCUACUGCAGGCAAAUUAGGUCUCUCCUGGCAUAAUAGAACAAAAUUUAAUAAUUUUGAUUUUUUUUAAAGAAAGCUCUCAAUUUUUCAUUACAUCCUAUUUCUAAAGCCUGUUCUGGAUGUCUCAUUUUUGGACAGAGUUUGUCUUUAGUAGGUUGAGCCAAGGAUACAUGGAGAUUCAUUUCUCAGCUAAGCUAUAAUAAAUAUUAUGAGGUCAUGUAAAGAAAAGGUAUAUGUGUAACAGGCAGGGAGCAGAUAGUCCUCUACCUUGGAGGAACUUUGUGAAACUGGAAGGUUAAGGAAUUUUCACCCUUUUUUUUUGAAUCAGUUUCAUGUUUGUUACGAUGUGAGACCUUCAAAGGCAUGGUGCCAGUGUGCACAAAAAUCAUGGUGAGGAGAGGCAUUUCCAUGCCUUGGGGUAGCCUCUUCCUCACCAGAGUCUCCCUUCCUGUCCAUUCUUCCUCCCUAGAUUCCCAGGCCUUGAGCAUUGUCUGAGAGGUUUAGGUGAGGUCAUUGUAAGGCAAGAUAAAAGAGAGAAGUGGUCCCCCUACAAGUGGCCAGUUGGGUGUCAUGUUUUAAUUCCAGACAAGAGCCCCACAAGGAAUCAGGUCUAGGUUUGGAUAAAUCUAUCUCCAUACUGAGACUCUUAAUUUAAUAAAAGCCAAACAGAAUUAACUCAGGACUUAGGACCUAACCUUUGCAUGACAGGAUCAGAAGAGACGCCACAUUAAUGAGUGCUGCCUGUAUUUGCAGCUCUUUCUGUCUUUAGUUUUCUCUUCGGCAAACCACCCAGUAUAUUGUAGCCAUUUAUCCCAACAGAGCCCCAGCUGAUGGCUUCUCUGCUGGUUGCAGUAGCAGGUUUAGCUAAUGACAGCUGAGGUGAUCUGUCAGCCAUCAUGUGCUGACUGACCCUCAUUCAGUCAGAAGAACACAGACGUACCACAUGGGGGAUUGGAUAAAAAAACUGAACUAUCUUUGGUUUCUGAUGGCCAUCUUUUUCUUCCCUUAAAUCCUUCCUGCUUUGACCCUCUGAUGCUUAGGCAUCCUGGAGAAAUCACUCCAAGCCAAAGAUAACAGAUCCAUAGAUUGUCCCAGCCUACCCAAAGGGCCUGGAAAGCUUCGCUUAACAAAACUCAAGCCAGUUGGUGGAGAAAUAUGAAUGAGACUCACACAGAGUCUAAUGGAGAGCUGGGGUGCCUCCAAACUGCCCUUCUAUUUUUAUAGACUUCUUCCUUCUGCUCCCUUCCCUCGUGCUAAAAAUGGGGAGAAAGGGACACUAGUAUCUUGACCUAAAUGCAAACGAUUUUAUAAUAAGCCAUGCUACUAUGUAAAUACAUUAUUGAGGCUUGAAUUCUUAUUUCUGGGGGUAUGAAAGAGUUGAGCAAAUCUGAUUUUAAAAAUGGUAAGGGGAUCUAUGUUUAUUUUUAUUUGGUAUCUUUUUGUUUGGAUUUUUUGUAACCUGCUCUAGAAUAACAAUGAAGGAUAAAUAUGUGCUCUGCAGUGUUUCUGAAUCAGCUUCUAAUUAAUUUCCAUCAAACUUAAUAUAUUUAAACCAAAAAUCUGAGGUUAUAUAGUACCAGUUCCCUCUUCUCUGUUUCUUUUAUCUUUCUUCUCCUUCUAAGUCAGUCUCUGUCUCUUGUUUCUAGGGACAUAAAAUGUAACCUACAUUAAUGUAAAGUUUCCUGAAAACUUCAGUGAGAGCCAAGGAAAGAAUAGAAUGGAUGUAGAUUUUUUUUCCCUAGUACAUCUUUAAUCAAUAAGUAGGAAAUUUAGGUCUUGAGAAGAUAAAAUGUUUAGCAGUAUGGUAAUCUGGAAAUGAAAAUUAUUGGGGGUCAAAAAUAAUUCUAUUUCAGCCUUCCGUACUAGUGCCUUCAGCAAGGGUAUUGCGUCUACAUGCUUUAUUUCCCUCACUAGGAAAAUUGAAAUACUAAAGCUUGGCUAAUUAAUGGGUGUGUCAUAGUGUUUGUAAGUAAAUUACUAUCACAUCAUUUAAAGUUCUUAGUCUCCACAAAUCAACUUAGAAAAAUCUUCUGUCCUUAUAUCCCACUAAGGACCUAUGAAAUUCUUGGCAUUGCUAUAAGCAUUCAAUUUUUUGGAAGAAACUUCAUGUUUACUGGAACCUGAAUCCCAGAUUUGCUUUAUUUUCACCAUCUCUUCUUCCCAUUUUCCUUCCUUUUUUUUUUUUUUUUUUAGCUAAGAAAAAAAAAGUUGACUUUUGUUUUUGUUUUUAAUGCAGGAAAGAAAUUGAGUUUUCAUGGUCAGACCUUCCUGGUACCUUCUUUUUGUGGACACUUAAGCCAGUCCUAGAUCAAAUAACCAUUCUCUAAUGCUUAGGAUCCUCACAAAGUCCUCUUCUCUAACCCAACAUUGACACAGGAGUCUUUUCUCUCUCUCUUUGUUCUGCCAGUUUGUCAGAGGUAAGGGAUUCUCUCUAUAUUCUGGAAACAGAUCGGUAGCAUCUAUACCAACUACUACUGUUUCCUCUUCGGUUCACUCAGAGGUGGGCCCCAAAACUGAAAGGACACUAAAACAAAGCUGCCAAAUCCAAAUUUGACCUUAUUUGGUGACUCAGUUUUCUUUCCAGUACUCUGAUUUCUUUUAGCACUAGUCUGUACCACAUAGGAAACCCACUGCUCAAAGCAAGUCUGUUAGAAGUCUGUAUAAGGGAUGAGCAGGAAAAAACACACUCCAGAAUCUCAAGGUGCCAUUAAUCAAUUUAAAAAAUAAAGGUAAAAUGAAAUGAGGGCUAAACAAUGUAAUCUAACUGCCAAUUAAAGUAUACAGUAGUUCUGGUCUUAGCUACAUUUGAUAUGGUGUUCUACCACAUUAAGCAGAUCCCAGCAGAUAUAGUAAAAACAUAGGCAUUGAAUUUUAAUGCCUACCAAUGGGGAUAUAUACUUAGCCUGCAGGCCAAACUUCAACCAGUGUUUUUCUAUCCUGGUGUUUUGUGAACAAGCCAAAAUUUAUACAAAGCCACCGUAAGUGCUGCACUUGCAGAGGAACCUCCCACUCGGUGAUAUUAGAGAACAGUCCAACUCCACUCAAAUUGAGUCCCAAAUUUGAAACUCGUCCAGAAAAACCCAAUGGAGGAGAAAAAUCUAAUGCAUCAAGUAUAGUUGGCAUUUUGUAGCUGGGGCAAUGUGGGCAGAGGCUAGGAAGACAAGCUAUAAAACAAAGAGAAGGUUGAGAUGGAAAAUACCAGCUAGUCCCAGGAACAGAAGUGUGUGACCUGAGAUCGUCUCUUAUACUAGAUCACUGGUAAACUUGUUAGCACGAUACUGGAUUCAGAGAAGUUCUCUCUGCUAAACUCACCAAAGGUAGUGGAUUUGAAGCCCUCAAAGGAUUAAUAGAGAACUUUUCCAGAACUGGGAGAUGGAGAGAAAGGAGGUUCUUGCUUUAAAGCAGCCCGAAGACCAUCUCUGUGACUUUAGCAACUCUUCAUUAUAGUAGUGCCAAUAGUGGAGAGAUUUUACUGAUCUUCCUAGUGGUACAAGUGCCACGGGAGGGGAGAGGGAUGGUGAGUGGGACAGGGGAUGAGCUUUAUCAGGAACAGAUUUCAAACUGCGAAGGGUGCACCGGUACCAGCCUCAAAGGAUAGCGUUACAAAAAAGUAGACAACCGGGUGUCCAGGCCAUGCCCUCUGUCCUUUGGGACUUAAGGUCAGGCCAUUCCCGCCUUGAUUUGCUCUUAGAAGAUGAGCAUGUAAGACAGGAUCAAGAGAAAAAUUGGGUGCUUUGUCUUAGGCUGUUAAAACGCUGCCACCUGCAUUACAAAACAUACGUGAGUCAAGACACUAGAGACACUUCCUUAUGGGCAGCAUCCACUGCGGUGUGCCAGCCUGACACCCCUUCAGUAAUGGUGGGUGAAUGGCAGCCAGUGCUGGCCCGCCUAGAGUAUCGGUGCAUCUUUCCUAAAGCCAGAGUUCAGCACUGCAUGUUGACCAGGUGGAUAUCCUGUAAUAUAAAUGCUCGUUUGGAUCCAAAAGGAAAAUUAUUAAAAAUAAAAGAAAGAUGAACAAAUUUAAUGUUUUUGGGGGGGGGGGUCAAAGAAAAGAAUAAAUAAAACCUUGUUGUAAAGAAUUAAUCGGCCUGAUUGCCCUCACUCUUGUUUCUUUGCUCCCUAAAAAGGGAGGUCACAGGAGUGAAACCUCGCCAGAACUCUCGGGGUAAGUGGCAGCAGGUUCUGCAGUGCAGUUAGCUGACAUCUGGUCAGCCCAGCUAAUGAGGAGGAAUUCUAGAAUUUCUCAAAGUUUUACCCUGGCCCUGAAAGAUUUUCUUUUGUUAAAAGUAUUGUCUUGGAGGAAACAAACAACAACAACAAAAAUAGGUGACAAACUGGUUCCCUGAACACGUUAUUUUCUGGCCAGAAAAAUACUAUCUCUAGGUAAGUAGUUUUAAAUUAGACAGGGGAUCUAUGGAACACAAGGCUUUGUAAGUAAAAGAGCUACAACCAGCCUCCUCUCCAAGAGAGGACACUCACUUAGCUGCCAGGUUCAGGAAGGAGAAGACACCCCAAGACUUGGAGGAGAUACUGCCUAUUCUUUCCCUCUGCCUGUAUUACUCCUCAUUUAGUCAUAAUAGCUCCUGAGUAAGGGAAAGCAGCAGUCCUCAGGUCCCUAGGGAAGCAUCAUCUUCUAAUCCUAGUGUUGGGUUUAUUGUUUGAAUAAAUUCUUCUAUCAAUUUAAUGGAAACCAACUUCUAGAAUGAGUCCUCUAUCUCUGCAGUUCUAUCAAAGAUGACUUCUCAAGUCCUAACGUACAUGAUUUUUUAAAGAGUUUUCUUAUGAUUAAAACCAUCAAAAAAUAUGUUGGGUGGCCAAGUAGUCAGAACCCUUGGAGUCUGGAUUGGAAAUCUCAAAGAUCUUGUUCAACUCUCAGAGUUUAUUUUCCAGUCAUAAUUUCUUUCCCAUGGCUUCUACCUCCACUGAAGUUGGAAAGACAGAAUUUGAAGAACAAUUUUACCUAAUUACACACUUCUAUGGGAUGACUAGUUGGUUUGGGCAAAGGCUGGUUUGUAAGAAAUUUUUACAUUGAUUGAUGAGGGGUUUGUUUUUGGUUUCUUUCUAAUCCAUAGUAUCCAUAGGUCCAUAGUAUUUCCCAGGCUAAUGGCACUAGGAAACACAUAUAAAGGAAAAUAGACCCUACUCUGAACUUCUCUCUGGUGUUCCUGUAUUAUGCCUCUGAGCAUCUAUUGGUUACCCUAACAAGACUUGUCCCUUAACCUAAGUUUUGCCUCUGGGAUAUUAUAAAACUUGCCUUUACUUGUAUACCAUGUUCUUUUGCUAAUAAACUAGGAAAGUUUGCAAACCAGA